UACGCCGUUGAGAUUCUGGCAAGCGAGCAGGGGGCCCUCACGACGCCUACCGGCGACUCGGCGGCACCCAGCCGACGUGAUAUCAUGUCAUCCUCACAGCCCUUCCGGAAUUCCUCUCCUAUCCCCGGCAUCGGCAGACGCAAAUCUCAGUUCACCUUCAAACACUUGUUCCAACUAGCGACUUACAAUACAUCGUGCCCCUUACGAGUUGUAGCCCACAUUGACCUCGAUGCUUUCUAUGCACAAUGCGAGAUGGUUCGCUUGGGCGUGCCUAAGGACCAGCCUCUGGCCGUCCAGCAAUGGCAAGGAUUGAUUGCUGUCAACUAUCCAGCACGUGAGCACGGCAUCGGUCGUCAUUGCACUUUGACGGAUGCGAAGAAGCUGUGCCCUACAUUAGUUGCCCAGCAUGUAGCAACUUGGCGAGAAGGCGACGACAGAUGGGCAUACCGUGAUGAUGCUGCUGCCAACAUCCAGAGCGACAAAGUCUCUCUCGAUCCGUACCGCCUCCAGUGCAGAAAGAUCCUGGCAGUCAUCAAGGAAAGUUUGCCCGCGGAUCAGCAAAAGGUUGAAAAGGCCAGCAUUGACGAGGUUUUCCUUGAUCUCUCCGCACAUGUCCAUGCACUUCUCCUGGAACGCUUCCCCGAGCUGAGAAACCCACCACCUUACGACGAUCCGACAGAGAAUCUUCCAGCCCCAUCCGUGGCAGCCCUGGACUGGCAAGCGGAUGCCCUCAUCGACCUGAAUGAGGAGGAGGAGUCCGUGGACCCAGACUGGGACGACGUGGCGAUCCUUAUUGGGUCUGAAAUUGUCCGCGAUGUCCGAAGACAGAUCCUGGAGAAGUUACACUACACAUGCUCCGGAGGUAUUGCCAAAAAUAAGCUGUUGAGUAAGUUGGGCUCCGGCCACAAGAAGCCCAACCAGCAGACCGUCAUUCGUAACCGAGCCGUGGCCCAAUUCCUGUCAGGCUUCAAGUUCACCAAGAUACGCAAUCUCGGGGGGAAGCUUGGCGAAAACGUGGUCUCAACCUUCAACACCGACGCCGUCGACGAGCUAUUGGCCAUCCCUCUGGAUCAGAUGAAAGCAAAGCUAGGUCAGGAUACCGGAAGCUGGGUUUUCAAUACUAUUCGUGGCAUCGACGCUAGUGAUGUCAACUCCCGCACACAAAUCAAGUCGAUGCUAUCGGCAAAAUCGUUCCGGCCCUACAUCAACACCCCGGAACAAGCCCAUCGCUGGCUGAGGAUCUUUUCUGCCGAUAUCUUCGCCCGCUUAGUUGAAGAGGGAGUUUUGGAGAACAGGCGUAGGCCGAGGACAAUAAACUUGCACCACCGGCAUGGGGGCCAAAUGAAAUCGCGCCAAGGUCCAAUACCCCAGGGCAAAGCACUAGAUGAGCAAGCCUUAUUCGAACUUGCGAAGAACCUCUUGAACCAAAUAAUGGGGGAAGGCAACGUCUGGCCAUGCGCCAACCUUAGCUUAAGCGUGGGCGGCUUCGAAGACGGCAUCACAGGCAACAUGGGCAUCGGCGCUUUCUUGCUGAAAGGAGAGGAAGCCCAGGCACUAAGGCAGAGUAGCCGCGAAGCAAUCGAUAUGCCGAGUCCUGAAGAAAAGCCGCCAAAGAAACGUCGGACGGAGGGAGGGGCGAUUCAUCGCUUCUUUGCACGCAACGUUUCCACUGACGAAGAACUGCCGUCCGACGGUGCAUCCGCAAAGAGCGAUAUCAAAUCCCGAGAAGAGACUAAGUCAGGCGAGCCUUCCACGGCUGUUCCAGGUACGAGUCUGGCGCACGAGGAAGGCAACGGUGGAUUCCAUCAGGUGCCAACCACGGCCUUCGUAUGCUCGCGGUGCAACACGGGGUUUGAAACGCCAGAGGAGCACCAAAGCCACGAGGAUUGGCAUUUUGCCAAAGAUCUACAAGACCAGGAACGUGGCAAGCCCACACUUGCUCAGCACUCAUCUGCCACCCGCAGCUCCGGCCCAAAGACUUCAGGAACUUCGGCCAAGCGGGGGGGCCGCGGCGGCAAGCUCGAGCAUGGCCAGAGCAGACUGAAGUUUGGAUGAAUCCUGGUGAUAUGCCCGUCUUUGCCAACAUCACGCCAAAAGUUUGUCGAGCGGGUCCUGCCGCCUGAUACGCAGCGAGACUUGGAAGUUGGUAAACUUUGACGCCCUGAGACCUGGUCCAAGGGUCACCGCAGGACAGGAGAUUGACGGCAAAGCCCCCGAUGAACCUGAGGAAUCUUCAUUGAUGGGCGUUUUCUUUCCAAAUUCAAGCUUCACCGAGCGAAUUAUGAGGCGAGUCUUACACAAGGGUACCCACAGGGCAGGGACGACAUGACUUCGGAACCCGGUAUGGCUAUCUGUUGUUGCCCAGUUGGGCACGCGGUACAGCAAUUUGGGAAGCAAUCCUGUCUCACAGUAGACUCAGUCGCGGACCUGGGCGUGGCUUCCGGCUUUGCGCCGGGUUACAGUCUAUCGGAGGACGUGGUUAUAUGAGACAUGAGGACGGAUCAACUUGGCGAACCACAACGGCCUGACGGGACAGGGACAUACAUGUGGUUGAGCGUCUCCGCAGGCGCAACCGACGAGUUGGAUGGCUACAUGUGGAUCGAGACUACCCGCAAGUGUCGUCAUUCCAAUUCCCGCCUGCAGCCCUCCGCGACAUAUCCGGAUCCUCUUGGCCCACGGGUUGAACCAAUAUUGGGAGUGUCAGGGGCAGGAUUGCCAGUGAGUAAGGUUCCGGACACACGAUUCACGAAGAUGAAUAUAGACUCUUGAAUAAGAGAACGGCAUCCAGUACGUUUGUGCUCUAGAUGGAGGAGACCGGUGCACACCGGAUCCCUGAUCGAGGCCGGUUCCGUGAUACUGUUGGAUCGAGGUUCACGCAUCGUUUUGGUUGCGUCUGGAUUGACACAAUCCGGAUGACGUCUGCAAGUGAUUGGUUGCUAAUUAGGCAUCUUUUGGGCCAAGGUGGGUUGGGCCACAUUUUUGGCGCGAGGCAUUGAUACCCAACGUUGCCAACCACCACCUGGCACCGACGCACCGUUACCAAC